AUGAUUCCCGUAGUACUGGUUUCCGUCUCCCUCUUCGCUGCGCGCGCUUAUAGCAUCGGAUCAGAGUACGCCAAUGAUGUUAUGCAAAUCAUGUCACAGAUCGAACACAACUUCAAAAUCGACUUGGAGCACACGCCGUACUUUGAAUCACCAAGGCGCUGGGAAUCAACCUGCCUGGAGAACUGGGGAAAGUGCCCCAAAAUUGGGAAAUUUGAGCGCUAUUUGCUGUCAUCGGGAAAACCAACCGUCAAAUACACCGUCAAUGAGGACGCAAAUAUGGACAACUUUAACCCAGCCAACAGCAUACUGACUGCGACAAACUCGACAGCGAUCAUAAAAUCCCGGACUGUCGGUUGGACCAUUGGCGCAAAGCUUUCUGCAGAGGGAAAAGGCGUUGGUGCCGAGGUCUCGGCGUCAUAUUCCGACACCAGGACCAACGGCGGAACGUUCACCAAAACGGUUUCCUACCAGGAAACGUGCCUGCCUGGAUACCGCUGCCGCAUUGAGACCUGGGCUUUCUAUAUCGAUUAUACUGGGCUAUGCGUGAAACAAUUGAGACUCGACUGUAACAGCAAGUACACUAUCGCCCAAUGUGUGGAGCCCAUCCUGGGAUGCCAACAGUUCAUCGACUAUUAUAACCUUUGUCAUACGGGCAAAUUAGCCCCUUGUGACGUCAAGGUCCCGCUCUACCGGCCGUCCGGGGAGCCGUAUACUCGCGUCGUUCUCGCCUCCGACCCGCCUGUUGGUAAGACGCCGAGGAGGUCAGAGCUCGACUCGCCGCAGACGGAGUACCGGAUUAUCGGCUGA